UAAAAAAUGUAUUUUAUUUUUUAGAAACAAAUCUCCAGCAAUCUCAUGGAGUAGCAUUCACGAGAAAACACUUAGAACUAAACCUAAUUCUUGCAGAUAAGAUUUGAUUGAUUGCAAAAUCAUGAGCUAUUUAGCCGGCGAGCCAGUGCCGCCGGGUUUCGAGCAUGAAAUCGGUCGCACAGCUGUCAUCCAGAAGCAGAUUGAAUCCUUUAACGAUGGCCCCUUAAUUGGCACCGAAUACGUUGUGGAGCUGCAUGAAAACGGUCAGAUACGUCCCGAUUAUUUCUGUGUGCUGUGCAAUACGUGCAACGAUGUGCGCUCCAUCUUCAUACACUGGACCUCGGUGACGCAUCGCACUAACUAUUUGCGAACCCACUAUCAAAAGGCCUUCGACCUGCUUCAACAGAUGCGUCGCUCCUCUUCGAAUUCCCCAGAACAAGUGCUGAAGAUCACCACAAAACUUGUGCAGAUCAUAGAGCAACAGCAUGGCCGCAGCACUCAGAUCCUGGCCAUUGAUGGCGACUAUUUUCGUCGCUAUCGCGCCAAGAUUUGUGCCCAGGUGCGUGAUAAAUCCCAUUACGAUGAAUGCUCUGGACCUGAUUUCAUCAAGGAGAUGCGUCAGUUUAUUAGCGACACAAAGCCACCAAUGGAAUCACAGUCGAUUGUUUUGGAUGCAAUCUCCAGCGACGAUGAUGAAGUGUAUUUUACGCCCACGACGCCACAGCAACAACAGCAACAGAAUGUGAAGAAGUCACGCAAGAAACAGGAGGAGCAACAGCCAGCAUAUCGUGCCGUGACAACGGCGUCAACAGUUGUACCAACAGCAGGAGCAUUGACAACAACUGCUGGUCUUAAGGCGUUGCCCACACCUAAGGAGCUGUCGAUGCAGGCCUCACAGAUUGCCCAGGAGCGCUACAAAUGGGAGAAGUUUCGUUGUGUGCUCGAAAGGCAGCUGAAAGAAUUGCGCGAUGUGAACGAAACUUAUGAAACGAGUCCGGAGAAGCAUCCCGACUAUUCAGUGGAAUGGAAACAAUUUUGGAAUCGCCGCUAUAAGCAGCUGCAGGAGGAAAAGAAAUGUGAUCCGAAUAGCUAUGACUAUAAACCCGAAUGGAUUAGCUACUGGAAAGAUCGACGCGUUGAACUCUUCAAUACCGCUGUCAAUAAGAUCAAGAAGGAGCUGCAAGAGAAAUUCCAGCUAGGCGAUGAGGACGAAGACAACACCAAGUUGUUGAUGGAACGCUACAAGAUACGCGUGAGUAGUCCAAAAGCUGACAAUGCCAAUGCAGCCACCACAACAGGCUCACAAGCUGCCACAACGCUUGGUGUGCGUCGCAAACCCAACUAUCGUUCGUCAAGUAAUCGUGCCGGCAACGGCUGCAUGUCUAGCGAGUCCAUCAUUGACAUUAGCGACGAUGAACAGGCGCCGUCAGGGCCAUCGGCCACACGACCACACCGUCGACCGCCCUAUGGACGCAGUUUGUCACGCUCUGAGUCACCGAAACGUGACCGACGCUUGGGCCGGGGACGCUCCCGAUCACGUUCACCGAUGGCGUCGCGACGACUCUCGCGUUCCCGUUCACCUUCGCCGUACAGCCGGAGUCGCAACAUAUCGCAAAGUUCACGCGGCCACGAUGAUUACGGUCGUGAUCGUGAACGUGAUGAUUAUUAUAGGAAUAGGGAUAGGGAUAGAUCGGCUAGCUAUUCGCGUUCACGCAAUUAUGAUGAGCCAAUGGAGACAUUUCGUGUGCUCGACUCGCGUCUAUAUCCCGAAUAUAGCGGACAACGCAAAGAUUCACCCGCAUCGACAACAGCAGCCGUUGCAACUGCAUCCAGCAAGGAGGUUGAGGAAGAGCACGAUGGUCGCAUUACAGUGGUGACCGUACUGCGAAUGCUCUCCGCACUCGAGGAUCAUUUGGGUAGCUUGGGACCGAAGGCGCUUAAUAUGCUAAGCAAAGCGCUGGCCAUGGAGAAGAUUAAACCGAAUGCGGCCGAUGAUUUACUGCUGAAUGAGGACAAUUGUGUGUUCAUGGAGACGAUCAAGGAGAAGCUGAAGGGCAUACUCAUUGCCCAAGUGCUCGAUGAUCCGCAAAAAGUGCGCGUUGUGAAAAAAUUAAUCAGCAACAUUGCCACCGUCAUCUUUCAAGUCACAUCCAAUGAUGUGAAGGAGACGGGCGCCCAAGCGGAUGCCAGCAGCCACAGCGGCGACCUGGCCAAGAAGAGUUUGAAGGAUUAUCAGCUGCCCUAUGACAGACAAUUGGUGUCCUCGAAGCUGGCAAAUGCACUGAUUGUGAACGGUGUGGACGAUAUGAGUGUCGAUGAUAUGAAUCGUUUGCUACACUUCUUCACGCUGCUGGCGAAGACGCAUCACACACGCCGUCAAACGGAUCGCAGUCUCAAUAGCGGCUUGAAUUUUAGCGAAGCUGUCGCACGCUUGGGUUUGAAAACGUCUCUCGAUUCGGAGGCAAUUUGCAAUCAGGAUGACAUUAAUUUGAAAGUUCUGAUCCAAGAGGUGGAAAAUCAUUUUGCUGCCAAGGACAACAGUAACGACCAGCUGCAGCAUCAACCACAACAACAACAACAGCAGCAGCAACAGAACUGUGUUAACGAAUCCAGCAAUGGAAUGGAUUUGUUAUCCGAUUCCGAUUUGCAAACAUUGUUGAAUAAUUUCAAAUUUCUGUCGAACGAGGAGCAAGUCCAUCUGGUCAGUCAUCUGCGUAAGCUGGAGGUCUUGGAGCCGGCGCGUGUCGAGCGUUUGCGCAAAUUCGUGAAUAUGGCCGAGCUGAGCAGCGAUGGCGAAUCCUGCAGUGAUUAUCUAUUGCGUGUCGUGACCAAUGUGAGACCCGGUGCUGCCUCUGCGACUACAGCAAACUCCUUGGACGCAAUGCGACGCAAGAGCAGCGACCAGCAGCUGGGAACAACAGCAGCAGCAGCAACAACAGCUGCUGGCAAGUUACCGAUGCGCAAUUUUACACUAGAUGAAGAUGACGAAGAUGACGAUUACGAAUUUAGUGAUCUGAUUAAGAAGGCCAACGAAACACAUGCCAAUGGCACAACGACCACGUUGCUCAGCGGUAACAACAGCAACACCGAUAACUCUAACAACAUCGGCAGCAACAACAACAAGACAUCGACAAGCGGCAGCAAUCAAAUUGGUGGAUUGCCGUCGACAGCGAAUGCCUUGACUUUUAAGCCGGCGACGUCGGCAAAGAUAUCGCUCAAGGAUACCGAAAAUAUCAUUGCCAAUCUGAUGGGCACACUGACCAACAACAGCAGCCAUGGGGCAAACAAGUCACAACAGCUGUCACAGCAAUCAUUUGGGGGCAAUAAGCGUCUUUGUUUUCCAGGUGGACGUUUCUAUGACUUUGCUAGCGAUCAGCAGCAGCAACAGCAACAGUCGUUAUCUCCUACCAGCAAUCCUGCCAAUUCGUAUCAAAACAUGCAACAGCAGCAACAACAACUGCCCGGUGGCUACAGCAUGAACAAUUUCAAUGCCUAUGGACAGCAGCAAAUUAAUCCCUGGGCCAAUAAUGGAGCAUACAACAACAUGCCACAGCAGCAGAACUACAUGCCACAACAGCAACAGCAGCAGAACUACCUGCCACAGCAACCGCCUUACACCAAUAACAACAACAGCGGCAACAACAUGUUUGGCGGACAUCACUAAUACUUAACUUGUAUUAUUUAUUUUAAUAUCUUUUUUUUUUGUUUGCAUAAAUACAAAAGUAUUGUUAGUUUUUUUUCUAGCCGCAACUGGAACUGAAUAAGCUAAAUAUAUGU